AUGGAACACUUAAAGCAAUAUCCAGACGAAUUCAUAAAACCGCUGGUAUUGAGUUUAGACAUCAUGAGUCGAUUGAACGUAUACUUGUACACUACAUGUAGUCCAUUUCGGAAAUCAGACUGGCGUUUUUUCUUAUUAAUACCUUUGAUGUUGAUUCACUAUAUGGCCAUGAUAUUGUAUACAAUAAGGAUAUUUAAAGAGGGAACCACAGUUCCCGAACUUGCAUUCUCUCUGUCUGUAUUUUUUAUCUUAAUUCAAGCAUUUCUUAAAGCAACGAUCGUGAUACCAAAGAAAGAUCAUAUUGCCCAGCUUAUACAUGGCCUCGGUAAGAAUUGGAGAAAUGUGAAUUUAAAUGAAAGACAGAUCAAGAAAAAAGAUAGCGAUUUGAAAAAAAUUAAGUUGCUCCUCACAGUUUUCUACUGGGGUAGUAUGACAGCGUCGUGGCAAAUAAUGUUGACACCAGCGAUCCUGGAACUAAUGAAAUUUUGCAUUGGUCAGGGUUUUCAAUACGUCUUGCCUUUCGGAUAUGUUUGUUUCUUUGAUCCAGUUCAGAAUGAGUUCUUAUACAUUGGAGUAUAUGCAUUUCAAGUUUAUACAAUGCUUAAAGUCGUCUAUAUCUAUACAGGCACAGAAAUCCUCAUGGUAACACUCUGUGCUCUCCUUAGCAUUGAAUUUGCGAUGUUACGGGAAGAUUUUUGUCAUGUGAUACCAAAACGGGGAAUACAUUUUGGUCCGAAUGAAGACGGAACGCACUCGGUUGAAGAGUUGAUUCAGAAACACCAGAUGCUACUCGAGUUAGCAUAUCAAUUAGAUCACAUUUUCAAUAGAGUGGUGUUUGUAGACUUAUUGUUUGUUACGGUCGUUAUGUGUUUUUUCGGAUUUGGUAUAACCGUGGCUCGCGGCAUAUUCGACGUGAUAAACAAUUUUAUAGCUGUGCUUACGUUACUGCUUCCCAUCCUCAUACUUUCGUAUUAUGGCGAACAACAAAAGGAAGAGAGUGCAGGUAUUGCUGAUUCAGUUUACCAUAGUAAUUGGUAUUGUGGAAAUGCGAGUUACCAGAAAAUUUUACUCUUUGUUAUGAAAAGAGCCCAAAAACCGUGCUGUUUGACAUCACUCAAGCAUGCCCCAAUAACCCUUCACACGUUUUCUAAGGUAGUAAGUACAACGUGGUCGUAUUUCUCAUUGAUCACUAGCGUUUAUGGCAAGGAUUGA